AUGACCAGCCCCAUCAUCCCGCGGACCGACGACGGCGGCCAUGCCGCGACGGCGACGAGGGUGGGCCGCCUCAACGCCGCGGUGGAGCGGUCCUGGGUGGGCCGGCGCUUCCGCCUGGCGGCGCGGGGGACCACCUUCACCACGGAGCUCCGCGCCGGCACCACCACGUUCCUCACCAUGGCCUACAUCCUCGCCGUCAACGCCUCCAUCCUCUCCGACUCGGGCGCCACCUGCACCGUCGACGACUGCGCCAACCCCUCGCCGGCCUGCAAGUUCCCGCCCGUCGACCCGGGGUACGCCGCCUGCCUCUCCCGCGCGCGCCGCGACCUCAUCGUCGCCACCGCCGCCUCCUCCGUCAUCGGCUCCUUCAUCAUGGGCGCCUUCGCCAACCUCCCCAUCGCGCUCGCCCCCGGCAUGGGCACCAACGCCUACUUCGCAUACACCGUCGUCGGCUUCCACGGCUCCGGCACGCUCUCCUACCGCAAGGCCCUCGCCGCCGUCUUCAUCGAGGGCCUCGUCUUCCUCCUCAUCUCUGUAGUUGGGCUGCGCUCCAAGCUCGCCCAGCUCAUCCCCAAGCCCGUGCGGAUCGCGUCGUCCGCGGGGAUCGGGCUCUUCUUGGCCUUCAUCGGCCUGCAGAGCAACCAGGGGUUCGGGCUCGUCGGGUUCAGCACGUCCACGCUGGUCACCCUCGGCGCGUGCCCGGCCUCGCAGCGCGCGUCCCUGGCGCCGGUGAUCACGUUCCCCAACGGCACGGUGGCGCUGAUGCCCGGCGGCACGGUCUCCGGCGGCAUACUCUGCCUCUCCGGCCGGAUGACCUCCCCGACCUUCUGGCUCGCGAUCGUCGGCCUCCUCAUCAUCGCCUUCUGCCUCAUCAAGAACGUCAAGGGCGCCAUGAUCUACGGCAUCCUCUUCGUCACCUUCAUCUCAUGGCCGCGCAACACGGCCGUCACCGCGUUCCCGGACACGCCCGCCGGCGACGAGAGCUUCAGCUACUUCAAGAAGGUGUUCGACGUCCACCGCAUCCAGUCCACCGCCGGCGCGCUCGACUUCAGCGGCAUCGGGCACGGCUACUUCUGGGAGGCGCUCAUCACCUUCCUCUACGUCGACAUCCUCGACACCACCGGCGGGCUCUACUCCAUGGCGCGCUUCGCCGGCUUCGUGGACGACGCGACGGGGGAGUUCGAGGGGCAGUACUUCGCCUUCAUGUCCGACGCCACCGCCAUCGUCUUCGGCUCGCUGCUGGGGACGUCCCCCGUCACGGUCUUCAUCGAGUCGUCCACGGGGAUCCGCGAGGGGGGGCGGACGGGGCUCACGGCGCUCACCGCGUCCUUGUACUUCACGGCGGCGCUGUUCAUCACGCCGCUGCUGGCGUCGAUCCCGUCGUGGGCGGUGGGGCCGCCGCUGGUGCUGGUGGGCGUGAUGAUGAUGCGCGCGGUGGCGGAGGUGGACUGGGAGGACAUGCGGCAGGCCGUGCCGGCGUUCAUGACGCUGGCGCUCAUGCCGCUCACCUACUCCAUCGCCUACGGCCUCAUCGGCGGCAUCGCCUCCUACAUGCUGCUCCACUCCUGGGAUUGGGCGUGCCAUGCCGCCGCCAGGUUUGGUUGUCGUCCUCGCCGGAAAGUGGGUGGCGGUGAGGCCACGGGAGCCGAUACACCAGUAGUAAGUAGCAACAGUGGCAGUGCUAGUGGCAAUGGGGAACAUGGGAAAGACGUGUCUCACGUGGAAUUGUCCUAG